AUGCCCUUCAUUGAGCCAGUCCCGACGUAUUCGUCGGUGCAUCCUCUCAAGCGUGGCAACAUGCCACCUACUGUUGAGGUCGACAUGUGGGGAAACCUUGUUCAAUUGGACGAAGCUGCUCAGCAUGUCCAUUACAACAGGCAUCGACAAUUUGGUUCCCAGCCAAUCAUCGGCCGAGGAGAUACUUGGCAAGGCUCGCCCAUGCCCGCGCUGCACCCCUCAUUCCAAGCACCUGUGAUGUAUGACAGGUACGGCAUGUUGCCCUUUCACGGCGAGUAUCAAUCAGGACCAGGUGGUUGGAGAGCGCCUGUCAUGGAACCACGACAUGUGCUGCUUAAUGAAUGUGUGCCGACUCCACACGACACCUUUCGAUACCCCGCCUCUUUUGUGGAGCCCUUGACGGAGCCGCCCAGCAGGGAUGACGUCCUCCAGGCCCUAGCUGAAUGGUACGUCGACCAAGUCGUCUCGUUCAUGGUCAAGCCCGGCUGUUUCCGUCCUGGUGUUGGAGGUUCUUCGGAAGAGAUUUGGGGUCUUCGAGGUAGAGAACUGGCUGCGUGGGAGCGGGUUGGACGUACUGCCCCCGACUACUCCAAGCCAUGGGGCAGAAUGGGCAUGACGGCGACGCCUGUCCAGCCAGCUCGACGUCCUCGAUCUCGAUCGCCCGCAUCUGCCCCUCAUGAUCCGUGGAACAUUCUCUGGAGCAAUACGCCGACCAGAAGCACCUCGCUCGUCCAUUUUGUCAAGGACGUUCUCGUACGAAUGUCUGUCGAUGACACGUCCGUCGUUGCGGCAGUGUGGUUUCUCGGUGGUCUUGGUCUUCACGAGAGCGACGGGGCCAAGGGCUCCGAGCUGCGUUCUCUUCUUCGUGCCGCCUCCACUACCGAGGUUGAAGCUGUCGAGAAACGUGUUGCCAUGCUUGGACUUUUACUGGCCGGCAAAUGGCUCGACGACAACUCGUUCUUGAACAAGUCGUGGACAGAAGUGACGGGAAUCUCAGUCACCCAAAUCUAUCAACUCGAGGUGGCUGCGCUCAGAGACUUUCACUGGGCACUCUAUAUUCCCCUGUCGGCCUGGGUUGAUCACGUCAACAAUCUCUAUUCGGCCUUUGUCUAUGACGAAGCGGCCCGCGACACUAUUGUCUACACUACGCUCGACGAUAUGGUCUCGCAGGCUCGAGAGGCCGAGUUGAACGACCCGAGAGCUUCGACCCUGGCUAUCUUGGACACGUCGCGACGAUCGUCCCUCGACAUGACCGCUGACCAUGUGCUUGCCCGCGAGUGGGGAGCGUUUGCUCGAUCGUAUUCGUACGACAGACACGAGGUCGAUUUUGACAAGGAGCAGCACCGCAACGUGUCUGCCCUGGUCGACGAUGAGAGGAUUGACGAGGAUGAGGAGGAAGAAGAUGAGUGGGCUCUUGAUUACGACGGAGCGACUCGAUGGCUCCCUUCAAUGUCUGAGCUCAGACGCUCGUUGUCUGGAUCACAAAGUCCUGAGCCUCUUGGACGCCGACGAGAGCAGGAAGCAGGGUCUCACGACCGAUCGUCGAGCUUUGAUUAUGGCCUGGCAACUCCACCAUUCCGCCAAGCGCCGGUCAAACAGUCUUCAGUAUUUUAUCACCGAGCACCCCUUGGUACGCCUGCCAACUACACCUAUCACGAAAACAAUGUCCCUCAACAAGCUCAUUGGACGCCUCCCGACGGCUUAAAAGUUCAUCAUCGACCCUCGAUGGAGCUCGAGCCGGGCGUGACUGUCGUUCGUCCUCCUCUCGCCGACGUGCAUCGACAGGAUCCGCCUAUGCGUCUCACUCCACACGAGCAGCAGAUGAGGGAAGCCGAAGAAUUCUCCAUGGACUCGGCUCACGGCUAUUUCCCUCGACGACCACUUCGAGCCUCGACCUAG